AUGGAGCGCCGCAUCGGUGCCGGUGCCCCCGUGUACCUGGCAGCUGUCCUGGAGUACCUGGCGGCCGAGGUGCUCGAGCUGGCCGGCAACGCCGCUCGCGACAACAAGAAGACCCGCAUCGUGCCCCGCCACAUCCAGCUGGCGGUCCGCAACGACGAGGAGCUGUCCAAGCUGCUCGCCGGCGUGACCAUCGCCGAGGGCGGUGUGCUCCCCAACAUCCAGUCGGUGCUCCUGCCCAAGAAGACCGGCAAGAAGGACGAGUAA